CUUUAAAUCAACAAUUUCUCCCAAACAAUUCAAGCCUCUUUCACAAUAAGUCAUGAUAUAGGUAUCUAUGCUAUAGUCUGCGACAGGGGUAGUCGGCAGCAUUCCUAGCUUCAGGCUGACGGGGUCAUUUCAUUUCCUCAAAAAUUGGUCCGCUAGUUUGAUGCUGGAUUGCAUAACCUUCUCAACUGUGGAGUGCUGCUUCGAUGAAUCCUGUCGUUAACCUUUCCACUUCUCGCCCGCUACUCAGCAGAAGCGCUUGAAAUCCCGCGCCAUCUCAGGCUUGCGUCACCACCUGGUCACUUGAGCACCUCAGAACAACGCAGCACGGCCACCUCGACUCACAAUGGAGCCAAUCAUCAAGAGCUUUUCACGGGUUGUCAGAGGGAUAGACGAGAGCAGUCAUGUCCUCGAGUUGUACACAACCCUUGAAGACGCCCUUACAUCUGGCCAGUCGGCCACAUCAGCACCAGCCCUCACCCCUCAGCAAAAGCGCCGCAUCCUUGACUUUCCCGAACCCGACACACAGCUCGCCAACAUCGCCGCCGCAUGCCCUGCAGCAGAAGUCACGACGGGGGACGCCACCGACACCCAAGUCAGCGCCGCCAAGGCCGCCCUCCUCCAGCGCGCCGCAGACUCGCCGCGCGACCUGACCGACGCGGAGGUCAACCUCCUCAAGCUGCGCUACUGGGCAGCCACCCCCGGCGCGGACCGCAGCAACGAGGAGAAGAAAGCCCUUCGCGCCUCGUUCCAGGCGUACGGCGCCCGCGAGGACUGGCUCGCCGCGCUGGACCGCCUCAAGCGCGUGCGCGCCCCUCUGUACGACGCGAACGAGGAGGCCGCGAUCGACAACGCCGUGGCUGAGGACACGCGCCGGCUCGUCGAGGCCGCGCAGGGCGGGCCGGGGGCUAAGGAGAGGGCCGAGGAGGCGAACCGGCGCUCGCUGGCGGCGGCGCGGCCGUGGGUGCGGCGCAUGUGGGAGGAGGACGGCCAUGCGGAGGCCCGGGCGGGCCUGGCGCACGGUGGGAAGGCGUGGGGGUACCCGGUGUAUGUGGCGCCGCGCCUGUUGGAGGAGGAAGAGGUUGAGACUUUUGAGGAGUACGCGUCGAGACGGGACGGUGCGUUGUGGUGGGCUCGGAAUGGAGCGCGUCUGGGGGACGUCUUGGGGUCGAGGUGGCUGCUCCAGAGUUUGGCAUGGCCUGAGGGCGUCUCUUCGGACCUGCCCACCAGCGGUGGUGCGGGCGGCCAUGUUGGCAGUCGAGCCCGUCGGCUGGCUUUUCAAAAGCUUCGCCAUGACUUUGCCACGGUAGUGGCUGGUCCGCCAAAGAAGCAGACAAUCGUGGUACCAACGGAGCGGGGGAAAAAAGCGAAAUUUGAGCAAGAAGUCGACCUCAAGGGAGGACUCCUCCGCAACGUGUUCUUGGUCAUUGAUCAAGAAGCGGUAGAUUCGACAAUUGGGCCGCAAAGGGGUGUGGUCGAUGACAUGUGGCUAUGGGCGGUGGACCCAGCUUACUCGGACAACGUGGACGACAGCGACCCAACAACCUCAAGUGCCGAGGAAGACGAGACCAAGGACGAUGAGUACCACGGCUUCCUUCGUGUGCGCCUGCAACAGCUUAUAAACAACUUCUACGAGGUCCGGCGAUAUCAGGAGGAGGACUACUCUCUCUCGAGCUUGUGGCAACUGUCUCAGAGAAGCAGGAAUGGACUUUUCAUUUCAACGAAGGAGGAAGAGCUCAACCAUUGGAUCCCAACGCGGGAUGUUGGUAGUGCCAUCAGGCCUCCCAAACAAUCCGAGUGACGGGUCUUGGGGUUCGAAAGGGGCGCGACACACUAAGCCGCAUGUCUUUCGCGAACGAGCAAUGCUUUCAGUAUAUUCACGAACUCGAUCUUCCACUCAAAGACUCAAACUAGUUUAACAGCCUCGGUAUCUCUUUGUUCUUACGUACAAACUUUGGACGCCGUACCGAUACAGUACGCGUAGCCUGCCCACAAGCCUGAGCAGUCUCCAUUGAGGGCCGGGUUCAUCUGGUACAGACAAUUCAGGGAGAUACCCGC